AAACAAGGAAUUGAAGUUUUGAUAUUUGACGAUGUGAAAAAACAUACAUGUAAAGAUUAUGAUUUUAUUGCGGUUUUAUCAGGAUUAUCAAUUCAACUUUACGGGAUGAAUAAGAAAUCUUGUGAAAUAAUAAAUAGACAACAUGGAAUUAAUAUAGAAAGAAAAAGUUUUGCAUCGUUUAUUUUAUUUGGAUCUAAUUCUAUUUCUUUUACAACAUCAUCUGAUCCAUAUUUUAAAUUACGUAAAAAAAUAUUAAUAUCUUCGAUUAAUAAUAACAUUGAAAGAUUAUAUCAAGUUUCUUAUCAAGAAGUUACUAGUUUAAUUAAAAAAUACAAAUUAAAAUCAAAUUUAAAUAU